AUGAUUAGUCUUGUCAUGGAAUUUAGAUCUGUUAAGGAACAAGUAGGAGGUAAUGUUCCAGAGAUACAUUGUUCCAGACAAAGAAGUCGAGCAGCUUGGCAGAUUAUAGAAGAUUAUUUGACGCCGUUUGUGGAACGUGAAAGAUAUCAAAUUCCAAAGAAUUGUAGGCUUCAUCCUGAUAAUGAUUUAUACAGAGAUCAAGAACAGCACAAGAUUCACGUGGAUUUAUUCGAAUGGAAAUGUGGUUACUGCAAGAAAAGUUUCAGUGAAGAGAAAUUCCUUGACCAGCAUUUCAACACUAGACAUUAUAAUCUUCUCAAUACGACUGAUUCAAAGUGUUUAGCCGACUUGUGCGGUGCAUUGCAUUGCGAUUUCGUAUUGAGCUCCAAGAAAUCAAAGAGCAAGUGCAACCCUGCAGCUGUUGCCAGAAACCGUCAUCUCUGCGAGAGUGUUGCCAAUAGUUGUUUCCCAGUGAGUCAAGGUCCCUCAGCUAGCCGUCUUCAUGAACACUUCCUGCGCCAAUUCUGUGAUGCUCAUACCUGCACUGGAAGUAAUAAACCGUUUCCUAGAGGAGGCAAGUCUAUGCUAAUUCGUGCAGAAGAACUCGGGUGUCUUCUACCUUGCCAUAUCAAUACUGACCUUGAUGCUACUCCCGCUCUUUUAUCUGCUGGUCUUCUUACACCAAAGGUGAGCUUCAAACUGCUCAUGAGAGAGCAAGGGGUGUUCAAACCUGACAUUGGUUCACUGAAUCACAGAUCUUCCACAUUGCUUCUCCUUCUCAGAGCUUUUCUCAAACCAGAUACUUUAUGGAUUCCCAAAAUAGUGUUACUUUGGGGUUUUGAAGCCAGUUUCUAUGGAUAUCAGAUAUUCAGAUGGGUUUCCAAAGACAAAUGA